AUGUCUGAACGAAAGGUUCUUACCAAAUACUACCCACCGGAGUUUGAUCCCUCCAAAAUCGCCCGGACUCCCAAACACUUGCGACCGACAGGGCCCAAGACCAUCCCCGUUCGCCUCAUGGCUCCGUUCAGCAUGAAAUGCACAUCCUGCGGUGAAUACAUCUACAAGGGGCGCAAAUUCAACGCCAGGAAAGAGACCACAGACGAGAAAUAUUUGACCAUCUCUAUCUACCGCUUUUACAUCCGCUGCACGCGAUGUUCUUCCGAGAUCACUUUCAAGACCGACCCGAAGAACAUGGACUACACCUGCGAACGUGGCGCCAAACGAAACUUUGAAUCAUGGCGAAACCCCGAAAAUCCAGAGCUGAAAGAGACCGACGAGGAGCGCUUGGAUAGGCUGGAGAGAGAGGAAGCCGAGGAGGAAGAAAAUGCAGAACGCAAUGCAAUGGAGGAGCUGGAACAGAAGAUGGAGGAGAGCAAACGAGAGAUACAAGUCGCAGACGCCCUCGACGAGAUUAUGCAGCGGAAUGCACGAAUAGAGCGCGGGGAGAAGGGUGGCAAGGAGGACGAAGCUCUCAGUCAAGUCAGAGAUCUACAAAGAGAAGAGAGAGAACGACAAGAACGGGAGGACGCCGAGGCUGCCCGCAAGGCGUUUGAAGCUGCUAACGUCGAAAGGGCGACACUCGAGCAACAAGGACAUGCAACCGGGAAAAGUAGUCAUGUUGCGCACGGCGAGCCGGAGGAACCAGAUCGGCUUCCGCAGCCCCCGCCGUCGUUCGAGAGGGUUAAAAAGAUAAAGAAACCUCUAGUGCCUGGAUUGGUGCGCAAGGUCGAGUCUACAACAACCUCGAAGCCAUCGCCCGCACCGGUUCCUGCAAAGCCGCCCACUCUCGGUUUAGGCGACUACGACUCUGACGAGGACUGA